AUGGGUGACGGACUCCUGAAAGAAGCCCGAUUGAAGAUCGUCAAGCGCGAGAAGAAGAGAUCAAGCAGCGACAAGCAAUAUCAACAGGAGAUGAGGAAGAGACCUGAGGAUCCGGCCAUAGCCGUAUACGCAGGACAGACUGGAGUGGUAGGGCGGCCUAAACCCGACCCGAUAUAUAUCGGGCUAAGGUCAAGUCGGGUCGGGUCUGGCCCAUACCCCGCAUUAGGACUGACCAUUAUCUACUUAAGGUAG